UUGCUGUAAAAACCUGCAACUCCUUUAAUAUUUUUAUUUAGAUGUAAAAUCAUUGUUUUGAUUUUGAUUAUUUACAAAACCAAUAAAAUGCCGAUAAAAAUAAAUUUGUAACAAUAUUUCAAGUUCAGUAACGAUUUGUGUCACGCUGCUGUCGCCAAAUUACAUCCAGUGACGUAAAGGUACACCUUGGCUACCGUAAAUGCCAUAAAUACAAACGCAUAUUCAAAAUACUAAUCUUAAACAUUGCACAAUACAAUAUAAUCAAACACAAUUCCUGGCGUUAAAUGUGUUAUUUAGUAGCAUCGAUUAAAUUAAACACGUUGAAUUUUGCUAAAAUAAACAAAGUGCUGCGCUGCGCAAGAGUGAGGCGCUUCUAUUACGCGAUCUCGGUAUGAAGGAGCCGCAGUUCUCCUUUCAUGUUUGUUUCUGCUCUGGAGCUGGAGCUUGGCCGUUCCGCUACGAAGACGCGUUUAAUCUUCUCUAAGAUAAUAAACAACGUCUGGUAAAGUACUGUUAUAACAAAUGGCAUGCAAACAGGCGAAACGCGUCCUUGUGUAACACUAUAAACAAGCAUAGCCGUAAUCAAAGGCUUGAGUUUGAUUGGAUUCAUUCAUUUGUUCCCACUUAAUCAGACAAGUGUUCCUUCAGUUUAUUAACUCCAGAGGAUCGGCUUCGAAGGCACUCGGUUAAAUCAGUGUUCAUGCCGGACUUUGAGCAUUUCAGAUUUUCCUACUCCAGAAUGAAUCCUGUAUUGGGGGAGAACGUGUAUCCGUACCAGCAGAACCAGGUGACGGGCUUCUCGGACUCCACAGCUUCGGGCCACUGGACCGAUCCAGCGGGUCUUUUCCUGAGCGAACACACGAGUGGCAUCGGGCAAGAUGGGUUGGACUUUGGAGUUUUACCUCCUCCGGGAACACCAUAUCUGCACCUGGGUAACUAUCUCCACCGGGUGUCUCCACCUCCUCCCGCCGCCGCGGCCCUGAGGAACGACCUGGGGUCCAACAUCAGCGUCCUCAAAACUCUGAAUUUGCGCUUCCGCUGCUUUUUAGCCAAAGUUCACGAGCUGGAACGCAGGAAUAAAGUAUUGGAAAAGCAGCUGCAACAGGCUUUGGAUGAGAGCGCGGAGUGUGUAGAAAAUAAAAAGCCUUUAACGCGAGAUGUUGGGGUUCAGACUGGCUACGUUGGAUUGAUUCCUGUCAGGCCCGACCUGAUACCCCUUCAGAACGCGAACGACAUCGCGUAUCUGUCUGGAGCCUUGCUCUCACCGACUCUCAAUAACAUCACCCUCCCUCUCGAGUCUAAUAACAGUACAACAAUAGAAAACCUGAACCCAUCUAAUCUGACGGACUCUAAUUCCAAUCUCACCCCAAAUUUCCCCAUCAGCCCGAUUGAUCCUGCUCCAAGAACAUUCAGCAAUGUUAACGCGAAGUAUGUCAGUACUGGUAUCGGCUGUAGCAGCAACCCUGCACCCAGAUUUCACCCUGGCACUGUGUGGUCGUAUAAUCAGAGGUUCAGCGCCGGGUGUGAGUCGCGGGUCUCGGGUCCGGGUGUGUCGUCGUGGGUGCCUCCAGUCGGAGUGGGUGUCCAGAUCGACACCAUCACCCCAGAGAUUCGGGCCCUGUACAAUGUGCUCGCCAAGGUAAAGAGGGAGAGAGACGAAUACAAACGGAGAUGGGAAGAGGAAUACACAAUGCGGGUGGAUCUACAGGAAAGAGUUGCAGAUCUUGAAGAGGACCUGCAGGAGAGCGAGGUGUGUCAGGAUGAACUUGCUCUGAGGGUUAAGCAGCUCAAAGCAGAUCUGGUUCUGUUUAAAGGUCUCAUGAGCAACAAUCACUCAGAUUUGGACAGUAAGAUUCAGGAGAAGGCCAUGAAAGUGGACAUGGACAUCUGUCGCAGGAUUGACAUCACGGCUCGUCUGUGUGAUGUAGCCCAACAGAGAAACUGCGAAGACAUGACUCAGAUCUUCCAGCAAGUAGCCACACCUCCGUCAACCUUGACCCACCGACCUCAAAAACCAGCAGCACAGACAGUCAGGGGGAACGAGAGCGAUGAACCAGUAAGCAUCUCUGAAAGUGAGGACAGUGGGAAUAAGGAGGUGGAGCUUUGUUGCUCAUCAGCCAAUCAGAUCAAUGAAGAGAUGCAGAGAAUGCUCAACCAGUUACGUGAAUGUGAGUUUGAGGAUGACUGUGACAGUCUUGCGUGGGAAGAGACUGAGGAAACUCUGUUACUCUGGGAAGAUUUUCCAGGAUGCACCUUCAGUGUUGAGAACCAAGGAGAACAGGAGGAGUCUAUAGAGAAAGUAAUAAAGGACACAGAGUCCCUUUUUAAGUCGCGUGAAAAGGAAUAUCAAGACACCAUUGACCAAAUUGAGUUGGAGUUGGCAACUGCUAAGUCGGAUAUGAACAGGCAUUUGCAUGAGUAUAUGGAGAUGUGCAGCAUGAAAAGAGGCCUGGAUGUUCAGAUGGAGACCUGCAGACGAUUAAUCACUCAGAGUGGAGACAGAAAAUCCCCUCUUCUUGUUUCGGUUGCUGUGGACGAGGGAGAGAAUGCAGAGAAGGAGAGGAAAAAAGCAACUGCGGCAGAUUCUGACAGCAAUGAACCAUAUCAUGACUUGCAGUCAAACUCUGCAGUCCCGGACCACACAUGGAAAAAGGCCUAGCAUUUAUAUCCCUCCAGCACCACAGAAAUAGCUGCAUUUACAAACGUAUGAUGGUUGUCAUUUCAUAACGGAGACUGUGAUGCUGCAGCAAGAAUCCAGAGUAAAUAGGUUAUAGCUACCUACUGAAAGGCAAGUAACCAUGUGUGGUUUCACUAGUGCCCUCUAUUGGAAUACACCGUCAAUAGUCCAAAGGAUCCAUUAUUUGCACGUCCAGCAUGUAGCAUUAUAUUAAUUCUAGCCAAAGAUAUCAGGCUGGAUGUGAUAUCACUCU